GUUUGUCCCUCGUGCGUUUCCGUCUGACGUCUACAGGAGACUGACGUGUCUUUUCUCGCAGAAGUUUCAGCGUGAGAUUAUUAAGAACUGAUUAGAAAAUCAAGAAUUAAUUACAUGCUUCAGUGCGACGAGAACACUAGUUCUGUAAUUAAGUGGUGUCAUGGCGGCAGACUGGGAGGAGAUCAGGCGUCUAGCUGCGGACUUUCAGAGAGCUCAGUUUGCAGAUACUGUCCAAAGGUUGUCUGAGAGGAAUUGCAUCGAGAUCGUGGCCAAGCUGGUGGAGGAUAAGAAGUUAGAUGUGGUUCACACUCUGGAUGGGAAAGAGUAUGUGACUCCUGCACAGAUCGGCCGAGAAGUGCGCGAUGAGCUGUAUAUGCACAGAGGGAGGAUUAAUGUUGUGGAUCUACAAAAGAUCAUCAAUGUCGAUUUGGUGCAUGUGGAGAGCAGAGCAAGUGAAAUCGCCAAAUCAGACAAAGGCACACAGAUCAUUCUGGGUCAACUGAUUGACGAAACAUACUUAGAUCGGCUUGCUGAGGAGGUGAAUGAUAAACUCCAGCAGGCUGGACAGGUGAACAUCGCAGAGCUUUGCAAAACGUAUGAUCUACCAGGAGAUUUUCUUACUGAGGAGCUGAACUCGAGGCUGGGCAGAGCGAUCCACGGUCAGAUUGAUCAGUACAACAGGGGAGUGAUCUUCACACAAGCGUUCCUCUCCAGACACAAAGCUUGCAUAUGCGGUCUGUUCAGUGCCAUCACAAGGGGCAUGCAUGUGCAGUCCAGUGCAAGGCUUCUCUCCACUUGUGUGGUCAGCGAGAAGUUCAUCGCGGGAUGCAUCGCUUUGUUUGAUGAUAUUAUGCAACAGAAAGCACAGAAGGAAGUGAAGAAUAACCCAGUGUUUCUGAUAACGGAGGAUGAUGUCAAACAAGCGUCUGUUUUGUUGGAGUCUUCAGCCUCUUCAAAGAAAGACAAACGAGACGAACGCCGGAAGAAGGCCUCAGAGGGCAGCGGAAGCGUGAAAGGAAGUGGAGGUGGAAAUGCUCGAGAGAUCCGAAUUCGCAAAACAAAAAAGAAGGGCAGGAGGGAGGAAGACAGUGAUGAGGAGACGACACACACCUCUCAGGGCCGAAAUAAGCAAGGAGACAUGCCCUUCCUCUCAGUGGAGGAGAUCAUGGGGGUGCUGGGGGAGAAAGUGUGUGACAGCUCUGAGGAGAUGCUGCAGGAACUAGCAGAGCAGAUACAAAGGCCAUUGAGCAAAAUGUACCAGGAAGUGGUCAGUGCAGCUUUCAUGUCCACAAGUUCAGCAGGAGGGAGUCGGAAGAAAAACAUGAAGGAUCUUCAGGAGGAGAUCACCAACUUGUACAACAACAUCCGCCUCUUUGAGAAAGGAACCAAACUCUUCUCAGAUGAGACGCAGGCUACCAUUGCCAAGCAUGUUUUGAAGACCGUAUGCACGGAUGCGACCAAUGUGCUGCUGAGCUUUGUGGCAGCUGAGCAUAUGACCUCGGACAGCUCGACUGCCAUCACCAGUGAGAUCAGGCUGAAGAUUCUGGCGAAGCUCUCAGAUGAAGUUAAAUCUCCUCUGAUGAAGCUACACAACAGUCUCAGUGGAAAGGCCAUUGAAGACUUUUUGUCAUGUUUGGAGAUGAGUGCAGAAGAGUGUGGGCUUCUUCUGAAGAAAGGCGACAAGAAAAGAGAAAGGCAGGCUCUCUUUGUGCACCGCCAGGCUCUGUCGGAGCAGUUGAAGGAUACAGAAGACCCUGCGCUUGUGCUGCAUCUGACCAGUGUCUUGCUCUUCCAGAACGUCACACACUGCAUGCUGCAUGCCCCUGGACGCUGCGUGCCGCAUAUCAUUGGCUUCCUGCAAAGCAAGAUUCCUGAGGAGCAGCACAAGCUGUUGUCUCAGUACCAGAGUCUGGUGGUCAAGCAGCUGGUAGUGCAGGGUCAUGCCCUGGAGAAGAAGAGCAAUCUGGGAGAGGGAGCCCAAGAUGGUCCUGUUGUUUCUGAUGAUAUGGAGGGCCUUCAGAAAGAGCUUCACACUCUCACCAGGGACAUUAAAGACAUCAUCCUUUCUCAGAGAAAACCGUCUGUCACAGAAUAACACAGUUGUUCGCAACAACGCCGUUAAUGUAUUCUGCUACAUCAUGUAUUAGAGCUCUCAUUUUAAAUCUGUGAAAUAAACAGACUGAAUUCAA